UCAAAAUUCUGAGAUUAAAGUUGGAAUUCUGAGCAAAAGAGCUUGUUCUUCCACACUGUUUAUGAUCACCAGAUCUGCUCCUCUGUCUCUGAAGUCUUUCCUGCUCAUUUCCCAAGAUGCAGACUUUGUGGAGAAAAAGUAACAGGAGCAACCAAACAUCCUCCAUUCUGAAGUUUUCUCUGUAAAUCACCAACAAAAGACAUGCCUGCACGAAAAUGUCCCUGUGCCAGCUGAUUCUGUCGACACCUCCACCUACCGCGCCACCACGCCCAGCUUGGUGGACCUUGGUGCGCCUCAGUCUACGAAAAUACCAAACUGGCAGUGCGCCGGGCUCUGGCAGAUGAAAAUACCACUGUGCGGGGUGCGCCACCGUCUGCCGCACCGCCAGCGGGCACGAAAAUAGAGCCCACAGUCUUCCGUGCUGAACUCAAGCUUAGUUAAGACAGCGUGUGUCUAGCCUAGCGUGUGUGUUUAGCAUGUGUCUAGUGCGUGUUGUCAGUCAUAUGAUGCUACAGUAUUUCAUUUAUUUAUUUGAUUUAAAUUCACGUGUGAGUACCUACAUGUUUGGUUAAAAAAAUAUGUUGAGCAGUCUGCUCAGCAGAGCAUCUUCCACAUGUGGAAUAGACGUAGUCUAUAAGGUAACAAUACGAUAACAAUAAAAUAACUGCGUUUGAUUUGACUCAAUUAAAAAUUUGGUUUUAUCUGUUCUAUACUUAACUAGGUAAUUAUACUAUUUUAACUGGGUUACACAGAAUUACAUUACUAAAAAGAGAUUAAAAUCAUUGACUAAUACUAGACUAAAACGUCAUCAGUUUUUGUCGACUAAAACUAGACUAAACAUGACACGUAAUUCAUUGCCUUCUUUCAUAUUACAUCUUCAGUGACAGGACAAAAGCUUUGACCAAAUCAUUUUUUUAAUCAGACAGAGGCCCUAAAUUUGGCAGGAGUCGAAGUCCAUUCAGGGUUAUAAUCCUGAGUUAGAAGAGAAGUUGUACUUCAAUCUUUGAGAAGAGGUUAUUCUGUGCUGAGCUCUGAGGUUUGGUACAAUCUGUCUUCAGUGGAAAUCACCUGAUAGAGCUGAGGCGCAGGCAUAUUUUAAAACUGCAAGGAGGUUUUGCCAACCACAAGUCUUCAUGUGACAGAUGUAAUGCGUGCAAAGUCUAACCAAAUUAGAGAACAGCACCAUGGGAAAAUAAGUGUUGGUAUUUUUGCAUUGUUUUGUUUCAGUAUCUAGACGCACACAAAAACCACAUGCACAUUUCCGCUAAAGACAUUGCAGGUACAUGAGAGGGUGGUGGGAAUUCAUUUUAGGUGUAAUCUCAUACCUAGAGUCUUACGUCUUCUAUUGUUAUAACAUUAUUGAGAGUAGUUCUUUAAACAUUUAAACUUUGAUGCGGACAACAAGAUGAGAGAAAAUCAGAUAGAGACAGUUAACAGACCUCAGGAACUUUCCAUGAGCACAAAGCCUGGAGAAAAAUCUGUAUCAUCAUCCAUGACCAACUGGAUCUUCUUGGGCUAACAUGAUACAACUUGAACAUGCACACAUAUCUCUGACAAAUGAGGAAAGGUAAAAUUUCCAUUUCUAGAAACCUUAGGGACCUCUCCAGAAUCACACCAAAAAAAUAGAGUUUAGAGGGGAAACCUUUUUAGAUUCUGAAUUUUGUGAAGUAUUUCUGCCUGUUGAUUAGAAAAUAAUGAUCUGUUGUAAAAGGACCUUUUUACUAUUAGUACUCUCAAUACACUUAUAAGUCCUUAGUGGUUUUGUUUUGGUUUCAAAAGAGAAAGUAAAAUGUCUCAAUCAUGCAAAUACUGGAGGCUGGUUUGAUGAGGUCAAAACAUUUGCACUCUGUUCUCCUUUCAUUUCUGGGUGUAAACUUGAAACCUCCUCUCUCAGUCAUUAGAAUAGAGAGUUUCAUCGGCUGUGCAGGCUAAGUCUUUUCAGGGCAGGCAAAAAAACAAACUUGGAGCUGUUUUUCAACAGAAUAUCUGACAUUUUUACCAGCAUGCCUCAUUUCACUCACGAUUUUCCUCAAAGGCUCGUCGCAGUUUUCACUCAUGCUGUGAGUGUAGUCCUGUUGAUCGGCGUCUUCUUCAUAUUACAAUACAUUUUUGACAUGGAUUUUGUGUGCUCGUGCAAAGAGGGUGAAUAUCUGAAUGGUCUACUGUACAUCUUUCUCCCUCCUGUUAUUCUUGCAUGGUCGGUCAACAUCACUGAGCCCAUCCACCAGAGGAGGAUUUUUUCACACUGGUGUUUUCAGCAUGGAAACGUUUUCCUCAGCAGUCUUCUAAAGUUCCCGAUAGACUAUGUAAUUCUGGGAGUCAUAUGGAUCACCGCUGUUCUCUUUGAUGGAGACUGGUACUUGUGAAUAAGUACAAACCUGGACCCUUCCCAAACUGGAAUUCCUUGCAGUUCAAACCUGACUUACAUGGAGAGCCGCAUCAAAGCUGACAUGAAGAUUAAAUUGAUCGUAAGUAACACAACUUAGCUAUUAACCAUUAACCGUAUAUGGAAAAGAUAUUGUAGAAUUUUACUAAAUAAUUAAAUCUCCUGUCUAUAAUUUUUUUUUUACCAUAGUUGAUAAAAAUCCAAACAAUUUUGGUAAUUUAAUGCUCAGGAAUGUUAUUCCAGGAUCACAGUGGCUUGUGUCACAUGUCACUAGUUGGGGGAAAUAUCUUUAAGUGUUUUCAUUAUGAUAAUGCAGCUUUUUUUUUUAAAUGAGCGUCUAUUUUUCAUACGUCAGUAAAACCCAUGAAUGAAUGACAGACAAACAGACAGACGAUAAGACAGAUGGACUUAACUGAUUGAAAAUCAAAAUGCCAUUUUGCCUGUGCAGUCCCACUCUGCUGCUUUUUAAAUAAUGGUUGAAAACAUACAUAGGUAUGAAAUGAAAAACAGUUGAAUUUGGCUGAUUAAAGCGUGGACAGCUGAGCUUUUGUUCACGUUUCAAAUCUGCUCCUUGAUAAGCACAAAAGUUGUGUUUGUCCUUUAUUUUCUGUUAAAGUUGAAGAACUGAAAGAAACUUUGACUGGUUUGACUAAAACUUUAAAUUUCUUGACCUUUUGUAAUUCCUGAAGUUUUGAGUGACCAUCUUAAACUUUUGUGUUUUUCUUUCCAGAACUACGGCCUCUAUGUCAUCUGAUCCUGUAGUUCAACUUUUUUGAAACAUGUUGCUGGAAUCAAAUUUAAACUGAGUGUAUAUUUUUGAACAAAAAAAUUAACUUUUUAAUUUAAAAUUUGAUUUGUUGUCUUUGUACUGUUUCCAUCUAAAUCUAGGGUUUCAAUCAUUUAAAAACCAUAAAAAUCUGCCAUCAACAUUUUACAAAGUCAGGAUGUUUUUAUGCUGUUAAGAGAAAAUUGAUCAAUGGUUUUAGUCCAACAUGUAAACAUGUUAGUCUGAACUAAAUCCAACUUUUCAAAGUUCGACUAACAUUUAAGAAAUACCCAGAUAAUGAAAGGAAACCAAGUAGUAAAAAGAAACUUUGACAGAAGAAAGAAAGGAAAUCAAAAAAUGCAAAGCUGUCUCAUGUCAAAGUCACAGGAUAUCUUACUGUUCAAAGAACAACCCGUAAGCCUCACCAACACGAUUGUUUGGUGCAUGAUUUUGUAGGUCAAGUAGUUAUGAGCAGAAAAGGGGCAUGACGCCACCUACUGUUAAGUUGGUGGAUGUGCUUCUGUUUAUAAUUCACUUUUUGCCCAGUGUUUUUUAAGCCAGGAAAGCAUAGUCCAGUCCUUCAUGUCAGACGACAUGUAGGUUUAAAUAUAACCUGAGUUUGUCGAUGCUCUCACCUUUAUCUUGACCCACACUUGUAACUGUGUGAUGGCUUUAUAUUAUCAUGUCUGCAGGAUCCAGUUUUUCCAGCUUUACUUGAGCCAGCUGUUCCAGUAAGUAGUUGAAGAGACAGUAAAUAAGGGAAACAAACAAAAUUGAAAUAGAAAGUAGAAGAGGAAACAGGAGCUGCCAGUGAUCUAGCUGUAGCCUCUCUUACUUUUUGAAAAGAUAUUAAUUUAUUUCUUUAAAGACUCUAUGUGAAUCCAAAAACAAUGUAAUGGCAUGUGCCUCUGUGAUGAAUUAAAUUUUUUUUAAAUUUUAUUUUACUUUCUAACUGUUCUGUUAACUGUUUUUUGUUAAACCCAUCUUUCACAUACAUUUUGCCAAAAUUGCUUCAAAAUAAAAGCAUGUUCUUGAAUGAAUCAUAGAAAAUUACCAAAAUAAAAGCAUGAAAAACAAUCAUUAUAAGGUGAUUCUUAAAAAAAAGAAAUGUGUGCUAUUACACUUUCAGACCCAAAUAGCAGAUAUACACAGCAGCAUAAUACAUCACAUAGCAAAUGUAGAGAGGCAAAAGUGUUGGUGAAAGCCUGGGGUGUCUGGUGUCAUUUGACACCGGAGAACAUUUGAAAACGUUUGAGAAAAUGAGAGAGCCCCUGAGAUCACAGGUCCCACCCUGACACAACGCUGAAUGCUUGAUUUUGAUGUUGCUUAUCACACAGAGAAGAGAACAGCAGAAGAGAACACAGAGAAGAGAACAGCAGUCCACAUGAUACAUUCACUGAAGAUGGAGGGUCAAGCAGCACUGAUAGGAAGACGAUAAAAUGACUUAACAUCAGGUUUUCUCCUUUUUUAGUUGAAGCAGCCAAUGAGGUAUGUGUGGAAUGUGUUUAUUGAGUUAAGUUUUUACUAGCAAGACUUUAUGUGGCAGAUUUCUGUUCUGUUUAUGUAAUUUUAAGUUAUGUUGUGAAGUUUAUCUUAUACAUGUUAUGUUUCAUGAGAUUCAUUUGUUGCUGAAGAGUGUUAUUUUUGGAUUGGAGCUUUACCAAACUAAGAUUAUGUUUUUUAAAUUGUUUUUAGUUCUCACGGCAUGCUCAAAGCUAAGGAGCGGGAAUAAAUGCCCGUGACAGAAGAACGCCUUGUGUCUGUUUUCGACUGGAAGGGAGUCACACUUACCAACUUUCAAGAAAAGCCAAAGCUAAAACCUCCAUACUAUGGAUACUGUUCUUUUCCUCUGUACAGGGUGAUCUAUAGCCUCACUGGAGCUUUUAUCCUUCUUCCUGUUAUCCAUCAGUACAUGACUGCAAUGAGCACAAUUGUUAAUUCUUUAUGCAGCUUCAUCAAAUCAUCUCCAAAUUUACAAUAUAUCCUAACAAUUCUUAAGUCACCAAACUAUGUAAUAAACUAAAUAACUACGGUGGACAAAAACUUCAACACAUUAUUUUGUUUUAAAAUUAUUAUUAUAAGUGCUUUAAAGCUUCAAGAAUUAGAUCUACGUGAAUUAAGAAGAACAAAUCUUUGAAAAUGAGAAUAAAUAAUAAAAGCAUGUCCUUAUAACGCAGGAAUGAAUCAACUGAAAUACACAUAGAAAAUUACCAAAAUAAAAGCAUGAAAAACAAUCACUAUAAGGUGAUUCUUUUAAAAAACAAAAAAUUUGACACAGGGCUAGUCCUUUGUAAUGUCCUUUAUGGUUUUGUUUUGGUUUCAAAAGAGAAAGUAUAAUGUUUCGAUCAUGCAAAUGAUGGAGGCUGGUUUGAUAUGGUCAAAACAUUGGCACUCUGUUCACCUUUCAUUUCUGGAUAUAAACUUGAAACCUCCUCUCUCAGUCAUUAGAAUAGAGAGUUUCAUCGGCUGUGCAGGCAAAAAAACAAACAAACUUGGAGCUGUUUUUCAACAGAAUUUCUGACAUUUUUACCAACAUGCCUCGUUUAAAAAAGGGUUUUCCUCAAAGGCUCAUCACAGUUUUCACUCAUGCUGUGAGUUCAGUCCUGUUGAUCGGCGUCUACUUCAUGGUGCAAUAUCUAUUUGACAAGGAUUUUGUGUGCUCGUGCAAAAAGGGUGAAUAUCUGAAUGGUCUACUGUACAUCUUUCUCCCUCCUGUCAUUCUCGCAUGGUUGGUCAACAUCACUAAGCCCAUCCACCGGAGGAGAAUUUUUUCACUUUGGUGUUUUCAGCGUGGAAACGUUUUCCUCAGCAGUAUUCUAAACUUCCCAAUAGACUAUGUCAGUCUGGGAGUCAUAUGGAUCACUGCUGUUUUCUUUGAUGGAGACUGGUACUUGUGCAUAAGAACAAACCUGGACCCUUCCCAAACUGGAAUUCCUUGCAGGUCAAACCUGACUGACAAGGAGAGCCGCAUCAAAGAUGAUAUUAAGGCUACAUCGCUCGUAAGUAACAUGACUUAGCUUUUUACCAUAUUAUCAAGAUUGCUGGGACAUGAAAUUGAUUUGAGAGAUAAAAACAUCCAGGUGUCUCUGCCCAUAUGGAAAAGAUUUUGUAGGAUUUAACUCAAUUAUUGAAUCACCUAUCUAUCUAUCUACUCAACUCAACUCAACUCAACUUUAUUUGUAAAGAACUUUAAAACAACCACAGCUGAACAAAGUGCUGCACAUAAUAGACAAAACAACUAGACAUAAAAAACAAUCAAAAAACAAUUAAAACAAUGGAUAAAAUAAAAGCAGAAUUAAAAAGUAAAAUAAAGUUUCAAUGUUUUUAAAAACUAAUUUAAAAACAUAGAAACAAAUAACUAAAAACAAACCAUAAAACACUAAAACAGGAGCCGAGUCUCAUGCAGGGUAAAAAGCCAAUGAAUAAAAAUGGGUUAUAAGACGAGUUUUAAAAAUGGACAGUGUGGGGGCUUGUCUUAUUUGGAGGGGUAGCUCGUUCCAUAAUUUUGGGGCUGCAACAGUAAAGAUCUAUCCCCUCUGAGCUUCAGUUUGGACCUCGGUACCUCCAGGAGCAGCUGAUCAGCUGACCUGAGGCACCGAGCAGGGGUGUAGGGGUGGAGAAGCUCAGAGAGGUAUGAUGGAGCCAGACCAUUUAAAGAUUUAAAAACAAAUAAAAGAAUCUUAAAAUGAACUCUAAAAUGCACGGGUAACCUGUGGAGGGAGGCCAGGAUGGGAGUAAUGUGCUCCCUCUUACGUACUCCAUCUAUCACAAAAUUUUUACCGUAGUUGAUAAAAAUCCAAACAUUUUUGGUAAUUUAACGCUCAGGAACGUUAUUCCAGGAUCAUAGUGGCUCUCAUGUCACUGGUUGGGAGAAAUGUCUCUAAGUGUUUUCAUUAUGAUCAUGCAGCUUUUUUAGUCCGGCCUUGUUGUCCUUGUCCUAUUGUGGUGGUCUUUGCAAAUAAUGUUCUCCACAUGUUUGAGUUGUGUCUUUAUACAAAAAUAAUCUAAUCCGUUCAGAAAUUAUUAAAUGUUUGAUUAUGAAUUAUUAUCUGUUUCUACGGCUGCUUGGCUGACACCUACCCACUUGCUCUGACCUAAGGCAAUGUCAGCUGAAAGAAAUGUUCUUGUAUAUUUUUAUAUAUCAUAAAAAGAUACUAAUAUGAGUUUUAGUUUGUUGCACACACAUUAAAAAACUGCUCAUAGGAGCUUUAAAAUGAGCGUCUAUUUUUCAUAAGUCAGUAAAACUCAUGAAUGAAUGACAGACAAACAGACAGACGAUAGGACAGAUGGACUUAACUGACUGAAAAUAAUAAAUGCCAGAUAAAAAUGCCAUUACUUUCAUUUUGGCUGUGCAGUCCCACUCUGCUUUUUUUUAAAUAAUGGUUGAAAACAUACAUAGGUAAGAACUGAAAAACAAUUGAGUUUGGCUGAUUGAAGUGUGGACAGCUGAGCUUUUGUUCACAUUUCAAAUUUGCUCCUUAAUUAGCACAAAAGUAGUGUUUGUCCUUUAUUUUCUUUCAAAGUUAAAGAACUGAAAGAAACUUUGACUAGUUUGACUAAAACUUCAAAUUUCUUGACCUUUUGUGAUUCUUGAAGUUUUGAGCGACCAUCUUAAACUUUUGUGUCUUUCUUUCCAGAACAUAGGCCUCGGCAUCAUGUGUUCCUUAAUAAGUCUCUGGUUCAUUUACGAACAAAUUCGCAAUUGUUACGUAAGGAGCAAGAUUUGCAAUGGACGUUGCUGUUCCAACCUGUCACCUCUUCCCUACUACAGAGGGGUUUAUGAAGACCUUUUGGAUGAGAAGGUGAGCAGCCAUUUGAAAACUAAGCUGUCAGAAAUUGCAGAAAAAAGAGCAGAAGCCAUCUGUGAGCCUUUCCUUGAGAAGAUCGAGGCCCAAGAGCUGCAGAUGGACAACAGUGAGGAUGAAAACCGCAGCGACAUAAAAGCUUUGGGUGCCUGGUGGAAUAUUUCUGAAUUUGAUUUUCAUUUGGAGAAUUCUAAAUCAAGAGGAAACACAUGA